AUGCAAAUAAUCAGAAAAAGAGAAAGUGAUAAUGAGGAGACAGAAGAACGAGAUGAAUCCUCAUCAAGACCAUUGAAUCAGUUGGAGAUGAGCUAAUCAAUAAAACCUCUAAUUCUUUAAGAAUCAUUCGAGUCAAUAAGUAAUUCAGAUAGCGAUGAUAAUACUGCUUAAUUUAAGAGUGGAUCAGGCCAAGGAAGUGGAGGAUCUACUGAAAAUUUAAAAGAAUCUAAUUCUCCAGAUGGAAUAACAAAUUAAAAUUAAGAUUAAUUGUCCUUAUUUAAUUUGCCUCAGUUCAUACAAACUUUAAGCAACUAAGAUUUGACCACCAGAUAUCUAGCUUCUCAAAACAGUUUAAGUUGUAGGAAUAUGCCAAUAAAUGCUCAGUUCAAAUUUAGAGUUAUACCCAUAAAGAAGGACAAUUUUAUAGCGCCUAAGAGAUAUAGUCAAAUUUAUCCUGCUUCUUACCUAAAUCCUUUUUUUAUCAGCACUCCUACAAGUAAUUAAAAGUAGUAAUUUCAUAAAUCAGGCAACUAAAAUAGAUAAGAUGAUAUUGAGGAGUUGAAAUUUGAAACUAGUUCAAAUUAAAGUCAAUAAAAUAGAAAUUUAUCAUAAAGAAAUAAUGAUAGCCUUUAGCAGGAUGAAGAUUCAAGCAGAAAUUUAAUUGCCUUUACAAAUUAGGAAUAACCAAUAAUUAAUUACUACAAAAGAGAACCAAGGAAAAAAUUGAGUCAGUUAACAUAAUAAAAUCGCAAUGUAAUAAUGAUCCAAACAAAAUAAGUUUCCUACCCGGAAGCUGAUAUAAAUGAACAAGCUGAUUCCUAAAAAACAUCAACACUUAUUAAUUUAAGACAAACGGCUACCAACUUUAGUCAAUCUGUUUAAUAGAACCUAAGUACUUACAAGAGACAAGUUAAAAAUUUACUAAAGACACCUUAAGUAAAUAAAAGUAACUUAACUGAUAAAAAUUAGUUAUACAGAAUAUGA